AUGUCGACGGUAGGUUAUGGUUUUGCUGAAGCGUAUGUGCUCAGAGGCCUCCACAAGAAGAAGCUGAAGAUGGAGCAAGAAGAAGAAAGAGCCAAGCUGGGCGGAGCUGAAUCUGAAAUGGCUCAGCCUAGUGGUUGUUUGUUUUGGGUGAUGAAGAAAGUCCAUCCAAGCAAUGCUCAGAGUCAAAGGGCUUGUUCAGCUAAAACAGAAGAAACUGGAGAAGUUGGGGCUUUGAACCAGAAAGUUAGAUAG